AUGGAUGCAAGAUUCUCAUGCCUGUUGGAUUGUACGAAUGAGGACAAAAUAAUGACCCAUUUUAGCUUUACCAAUUGCAAUGACUUGAGAAAUGUUGAGAAUCAUACGCACAAAGAUGUUUUGGAAUUGAGCAAUUCAGUCCCUAAUAAUUUUAAUGCUGCUGCAUACUUAAAUUCUGUGCUAAAUAUCACAGUUAAACAGGCAGAAGAGUUACUGAACGGUGAUGUAUCUUCCAUCACAUAUGCCCCGGCGUACGAGAUAGAUAUUACAUACACAGCAAGGUACAAUAAUGGCACAAUUUUAUCUGGAAUAUCUCAAAAUUGCCCAUUGCUAACAUCAAUUAAUGAAUUGAUUAAUUCAGGCAGUUUAACUAUUGGCGAUAUUUCUAGGGUACUAAAGGUUAAGUUCAACCCUGAAUUUACCAAUUCCAUAACUCACAUAUCUGCUAGGUACAAAAGAAAGCUUAGGUUUAAGGAAAAUAAUACACUAAUUUGUACCAUAUCAUUAAUUCAUAAAGGUACUAAUACUGACAUCGCAUACGAUUAUUACCUACCAAGAUCUUUUAAUGGCACUGUACUUGAGUAUAAUAAAAAUUUGGAAAUUGAUACAACGAACUUGUACUUGAGGCCAUUAGACAAGGGCUGGAUUAUACUGGGAUUAGAUACCAGCAAAGAAUCUGGCAUCUACAGCAAGUAA